AUGGCAGCUGCAGGCCCGAUCAGCGCGCGCCCGCCGGUGGUGAUCGACAGAGAAAAGGUUUGCCCUCUUCUUCUGCGAGUAUUCAUCAAGACCGGUGGCCACCACCGUGUUGAGGACUUCCAAGCACGUGGCCGAGAGCCCGCUGAAGAAGUGCAGAUCUACACAUGGAAGGACGCCACGCUCCGUGAAAUGGCGAACCUCGUCAAGGAGGUCAACGCCACUGCUCGCAACAGCCGUGCACGCAUCUCCUUUGCUCUUGUGUUCCCUGACCACAGGGGUCGCUACCAGAUGAAGAACGUCGGCGUGGUCUUCUCGGCCAAGCGUUCGGAGGACGACAAGAAGACGCUCGACUCUGUCCGCUUCGUGACGGGCGACUACCUCGACGUCGCCGUUUACGUCGAAUAA